AUGACAAAGAGGAGAAGCCUUUAUAUGGUUGGUUCUGCCUCAACAAUAGAUCAUCUACCUCCAGAAAUAUGGCUUUGUAUUUCGAAGUUACUCAAGACAUCUGACUUGCACAACCUCUGUUUAAUUAACAGAAGAUUGUAUAUAACAGUCACCACUGAUGCAAUUUGGAAAAAAAGGUGUUACGAUCGAUGGAUCAACCAAGAAACCUUGGAUAUUUUAACUGGUAACGACUGCGACCCGAUACCAGUCUCCCAGUGGUAUUCUUACUACCUACAAAGAGCAAAAUGGGAAAGAAAAAUGUUUUCUUUAUUACAGGAAUUAACUGAGGAGACAAAUCCUCAAUAUUUCAGGGAGAAAUAUUUACAUAUCCUCCAAUUUCGACAGUACAAGCUUGCUACAUUUCUUCAUAGGAUCAUUAAUCAAGGUUACAUCCCUGAAGAACGACCACUUGAUUUAAUCACAUACGCCAACAAUUUGCUGAAAAAUAUUAGACAUAGAUACGUCUUUCCUCUAUUUUAUCCCACAAAUGCCACAGAAUUGAAGAAUUUGAACAGUAUGGCUUCGAGAGAUGCCGAAAUGGUAUAUCUGAGAUUAUCUGCCAUUGAUACUGCCUUUCACGAUUUAUUGGACGCUAGAGAGUUUGUGUUUAGUGGCAUAUAUUCCGAUCUGCUACAAAAGUAUAAAAAAAUAGAAGAGUUCUUAAAGUUACGCCCAGUGACGAGAGUUUCCAAACUAAUUUCAAUAAGUACGGACUACCUCGAUUGCUUUUCACAGCCUAAUGAUACAGUACAUGAAACGAAUAAUAGGGACCCAGAAAGGGAGCUACAUAGGGAAGAUUUUAUGCUGCUUAGAGUAUAUUCCCGAGAGAGUCGAGGUUAUAAAACCAUCAUCCUAGCAAUAAUACAAGCUAUUGCCAAAAGAUUUAACGUUGAGUCAUAUCUUGCCCGAGACCAUUUGGUGGUGUUAGAACCAGAAUUUCCAGAUGGACAGGCUUUUGUUACCAUAAAUGAAGAUUAUCAGCCAUACAUUUUUAAUAGAGAAGAUCUUAUUAGUGUUUGGUCCAGCAACUUUCCCCAUACAGUAAAUUUUGAAAGUAUGGCUUUACCAGCACUGUUAGAACCAAUGUCAAUACAACAUUUGCUAACAGAAUUUUUUCGUGAAUUACUAAGAUGCAAGCCCAGACCUUUUGAAGGGUAUCCUGAUAGAGCUCAUGCGUUACGUGAUAUGUUUCCAUAUGGCAAAGUAGAAGUUCCCAGAGAUGUAAUCAUGUAUUUUUCAUUUAUAUAUGAUCUUUUUGAUGGUAUGUUUGAAUCUGGAAUGACUAGUUUACGAGGUCAGAUAUUGAGAGAUUUAUUGAACUACGUUAACGCAAAUAAUUUUGGUGAUUUGAAUAUCAUAAUUGGACAAAAUGCUCUCAAAGAACCAAACGAUUGCUGGUCAAAUAAGAGGGAUUACGUUCUUUUAGAUGACGAUAAUAAGAUUGGGUAUUUUUAUAAGGAUAUUGAAACCGAUGAUACAUUAUGUGCUUUGAAUCAAUAUGAAGUAGACGGCAAAAUUUUUGUAACAACAAUAGACAUUCUGGGCGAAAUAAGAGUACGGUUGGCAGAGGGGUUGAUGCCUUUUCAGGGAGAUUGCGAUAUGUUGUGGAAGAGCUUCUCUUGCGUAGUUUCACGAACUGACUGGGGACUUUUUUUCAAAGGCUACGACGAAGAGAAGCACAGGAUGCAAUUAAGCUCUUACAUAGAAGAAAAGCUUUUCAAUCUUUUAGAUGAUGAACAGCCUUUAUAUCAUUUAUAA